GUCAAUUUUUCGCUUGAUAAGGGUUCCAUAAGGGCAGAUAAUGAUAAAGUGGCCUUGUAUUUUAUCCUGAUACCCCCCGGCCUUGUAGGAAUGCUGUGAUCGCCAAGGUUCUAGUAGAUUUCAUCAAUUUAAUUAAUAUUUUAAAUAGACAACGAUUAAAAUGAUUCGCGUGUGCAUUUUUCUGGCUCUAUUAUCCAUCUCUUUUGCUGAUAAUGUGAAAUUCAAAGAUUGUGGGUCUGUCGUGGGUAAAAUAAACAGCGUCGACGUCAACCCGUGUCCCACAGAGCCGUGCCAGCUGAAGAAAAACACCAACGUUACUAUCUCCAUUGAUUUUCUUCCUAAUUCCAAUUCCGCUACGUUUAAGACGGUCGUGCACGGCAUUAUAGGCGGAGUCCCAGUACCAUUCCCCACCGCUAAUGGCGAUGUCAACCCUCCCGUCCCUAUACAACAGAACCAGAAGAUCACAUACACCAACGCCAUUUUUGUAGAGCCAGCUUAUCCUAAGAUUUCUCUUGUGGUAAAGUGGGAGAUCCAGGAUUCCACAGGGAAAGAUUUCGCUUGUUUUGUGGUACCCGCGAUGAUAGUGGGUUAAGCACCACACCUAUUAUCUCGAUUCUUAUUAAACUUAAAACUUAAACGA